GUUUUUACCAGUGCCAGAACCAGAAGUGUACCUAGCAAGUCCUAAACGAAGUCGUUUAAAAAAUUAAGCUGGACAAUGCCACCCAAGCGAAGGAAGUCCUCACAAGCCGUACCCAAUCAAAAUAAAAAACCGAGAGAUGGGAAAAAUAAACACAAAAUGGCGGCCAAUCAGCUCAACGUUGCAGAGUUACGCGCACUGUUGCAAGCUGCACUCGAGGAGCAAGGAGAAACGGUUGGAACUUCUGGUUACGCGUACGUUGCAAUUGAAGACAAAACCGUUGACUCAUUGCAAAUGGAAUCACAAGAUCCGUUAUCCAAUACACCGCAGGAAAAGGAAACCAAGCGAGACUUCCGCAGAAUUAAGUGCUGUCCCAUCGUUUGAGCAAUUGAAUUCUGAAAAUGUGGUAGUUGAGGAAAUUACGAUUUUCGACUCCAAAGCUUUCGUUCAACAUUCCACAGAAGUAUCAGAAGAGCAAUACGAUCAUCCGAAAAUCAUCGUUCAACCCAAAUCAGAUGCCGCCAGCGGAAGUAAUAUGCCUGUUACGCAGGAACAGGGAAACGCUGGAAAAACACAACAAGCUUUUGGAUUUCCGUUGUUUGGAUCAUCAUCCGAACAGAGAACCACUAAUCAAAA